AUGCUUCUUCGGAGGCUGCUGGGAUCCGUGAAGAGAAUGCUUCCUCUUACAUUAUUCCUCGCCGUCUUUAUUCUGGCAUGGGGGUUGGCAGCUCUCGUGGCGAAUACAUUCCAAUGCUGGCCACCGCAGUACUUUUGGAAUCAAGAAACAGGGGGCCACUGCAUAAGUGGUGAGAGGGCUCUUUUCAUGGCUACUGGAGCCGUGUCAUUCGUCCAAGACGUAGUAUUGCUGGCAAUCCCUUUUGCUAUAGUAUGGCGAUUGCAAAUGGAACCACGAAUGAAGGCACUUCUUACCAUCCUAUUCGGUAUUGGUGGAAUUGCUUGUAUUCUUAGCCUUAUGCGUCUGAUUGAAUUCAGAUAUUACCCAACAGACAACCUAACUGCAAGCGGCACAAGGGAACGAAUAUGGACGCUCCUCGAAAUCGAUAUCGCAAUUGUCUGCGCCUCAGUCGUUCUAUUGCCUCCUCUAUUGAAGCGUUGUACCGAUACCUGCUGGAGAAUCUACCGCCACGCCAUAAGUCGCUUGAAGACAACGGAAUGUACACAGGUUGAGUCUUGGCCAUUUCAAAAGCACUGCACGAACUUCUCCCAGGAUGGUCGCUCCGAGGUGCGAUCACAAGCCUACCCAGCUUCAGCUGCUGAGGUGCGUGACCGUAGAGCAGAGAUGGCAGGGGGGUGUAUCAGGGUCGAGACGACUAUCAGCCGGGAUAUUGAUGAUCGUGAAGUGCUCUGGCCACAGGUUGGGAGUUCGUCCUUGACAUCGGGGAUACAAGCGACACUAGCAGAUGAGAAAAAGUUUGCCGAAGAUAUGUCGAAUGUUGACUUUAGUGGUGUUGGUUGGGAUGCUACCUAUCCGUAG